UUAGUUGAGCCCGGCCCCUUCAGGUCGGCGGCCAAUGGCUGCGCCUCGCGUCGCCGGGGCCCGAAAGCCGCCCGAUUCACAAGCCGGCAAGCGUCUGACUCUGCGCGUCACGCGGCCGUGUGGAAGCCGGGACGAAAAUGGAGGAGUACGCGCGAGAGCCGUGCCCCUGGAGAAUAGUGGAUGAUUGUGGUGGUGCUUUCACAAUGGGAGCCAUUGGUGGAGGCAUCUUUCAAGCCAUCAAAGGAUUCAGAAAUUCCCCAGUGGGCGUAAAUUACCGGUUGCGGGGUAGUUUGACGGCUAUUAAAACCAGAGCACCACAGCUGGGAGGUAGCUUUGCUAUCUGGGGUGGUCUCUUCUCCAUGAUUGACUGCAGUAUGGUGAAAGCAAGAGGAAAAGAAGAUCCUUGGAAUUCUAUUACCAGUGGUGCCUUAACAGGGGCCAUUUUAGCUGCAAGAAAUGGACCAAUUGCCAUGGUUGGGUCUGCAGCUAUGGGAGGAAUUCUUUUAGCUUUAAUUGAAGGAGCAGGUAUCCUGUUAACAAGAUUUGCAUCUGCACAGUUUCCAAAUGGUCCUCAGCUUUCUGAAGACCCAUCUCAGUUACAAGCCUCUCCCUUUGGAGACUAUAGGCAGUACCAAUGAUUUCUUCUGUUUCCUGUUGAACUUUAAACUUGUUGCCUUUAAAAGGACAAGCAAAAUGCAGCCUCAUUUGAAGACUUUUCAUUGGAUGUGUACAUGUUGCUUUAACUGUAUUUUUCACAAUAUUUAAAAGAUUAUGAGCAAGAAUCUAUCACUGUAAAAUAGAUAUGAGAUGCCUGCAAAUUCCAUAGUUAUUUCUUGCCUUAAGGACCAAGCAACGUAUGGAUCCGUGGCCUUUUCAGUGUAAUGCAGAUUACAUCAGUGGGGAUAUAACAACCAUGUCAUAUCAAAACUACCUAAUUCAUUAGAAGAAUGUGUGCCAGUAACAGACAUCUGCAGUGGGCUGCUUUGCGUUUCCUUCCAGAUAAUCAGAGUGAGAAGUGCUAAGCAAAGGAGGAAUGUUUAAUUUCCUUUUAAUUUCCUUACAAUAUUAAUAUAACUCCCAGUAGUGAGAUGGAUAUAUUAAGGAAAAUCAUAAUAGCUCUCUACUGAAUAUUUAAAAGGAUGCAUUAUAUUGGCAGAAACUACAGUGGGAGUCCAUAAAUCUGUACGGAUGAACUUUCUUUGUGAAAUGUUUAAAGAAUCAAGAACUAGUCUUGGCAAGAAAUCUAUUUUUUUUCUUGAGCUUUUUUAAUCCUUGCAGAAUAAGUCUUGUUCAUGUAACAGUGGAUGAAAUGUUUGUGAUCAGAUGGUGUAAUUUGCAUGUAUAAAGUUCCUUAACCUAUCUGCAAAGCAACUCUUAUUAUCCCUCAUAUCAGUCAUAUCUGCAGCUUGUGUAUUUUCAGCAUUUGUCUGUUUUAAAUGGGCUUACUAAUUUUUCCCAUGCAAUUACGCAAAGAAUAUAAAUAUAUUGCCUGUUUUAAGACUCAACAUGAGAAUGAAGAAUUGUUUUAACAAGACAAAAGACUGUAUAAACUUGCUAAAUAGUUGAAAUAAAAUAAGAAUAUAGGGGUGUGCAGUGCUCCACAUCUGGGGGUGUUGGCAACUUUUGUUAAAACAGCCAUGUCUUUCUAGGAUUGCAUGGCUGCCCUCCAUAAUGGCAUGAUCUUGAGAAAAGACUUAUUUGGUUCUGGAGUUGCUACAUGCAUACCCAAAUGCACUCCAGAACACUUUCUUCCUACUAAUCCAAAGCACCAAACAGCCCUAUUAUAGAUCUUAUUUGGGUGAUACUAGUUGCAAAAAACUGGCAACACAGAACAGGCUAUUGGCAAAGCUAAAAUUAAAUUACUGCCCUCCAAUAGCAACUUUGUCUCAUUGUUCCAUUUUAAAAUGCAGGUUCUGUAAGGAUUCACACAUGUAUCAGCUUUCUGUCCUUUCUGCAUUGUCCUGAGGGGUGAACUGUGGCUGGGUUGGACCACUUCAGAUCAUUUAUGUUGUAUAAUUAAAUGCUUACCUUAAUAGAAAAGACAGAUCUUAAACUUAUUUUCCAUAGGGAACAGUUUUCAGUCAUGGGAGUUCCUAUCUGUAGUCUAAAAUACAGCCCAGGUUGUAUGGACAAUUUAUAUGUCAAUGGCAUAACAGGAUUCAAUAAUAGCUAUGAUUUAAGAUUUUUGGAUAAACUAUUUAUUCUAAGUAGUUAGCAGCAAUAAAUUCACAAUUAUCAAAUUA